UUCUGUCUCUCCUCAUCCUUAAAGGCGUGUGUUUGUGAGAAGAUGUCGGACCCCGAGACCCCAAGCCAGCCCCUCCUCAGAGCUCAGCCAGGAGAGGGUGGCCGCCCCUCCAAGGCCUAUAAGGUGGCAGGUAUAACCCUGCUGGCCUGUGUCCUGAUUGCGGGGCAGGCGAUGAUCGCCUACUUCCUCCUCAGCCAGAGGAGCGACAUCAGAUCUCUGGAGGAGCAGAGCAACAACCUGAAGGCAGAGCUGACGAAGGGAAGAUCUGUCUCUGUGCCCAUUCGCAUGGACAUGCCCAUGAAUGCCCUGCCCAAGCUGAUGGAUGACUUUGUGGAUGAGGAAGCUUCCACCGGAGCCCCAGAAAAAAGUGCUCCUCAGUCGGCCACUGACUGCCAGCUGGAGGCCGCUGGUGUGAAGGCUGUGCGGGUGCCAGGUUUCCAACCCUCCUGCGAUCAGCGCGGCCUCUACAAGGCCCAGCAGUGCUUCAUGUCACACUGCUGGUGUGUGAACCCAGUCAACGGGCAACAGAUCCCUGGAUCUUUGAGCAAGGGACCGGCCAGAUGCAGGGCAGCUGUCCUCGCUGGCAGCAUGAGCAAAGUGUUGACUCUCUCUGAUGUCGAGGCCUAAUGCUGUGCUGAUGAAAUCUCCUCGAGACCAGCAACUCUUCAAGCCCAAAUCAUAACUUUGCUACAACUUUGUCAACAUAUAAUCACCAUCGUGUUUGUAGUACUUGAUAAGCCACUGGGGUUUCAUAAACUGCUGAUAAAUUACCAAAUUACAGCCAUUUCUCUGCUUGCUAUUAUCUUAUCAUCUGCAACCAAUAUGGACAGGUGACUUUUUUUGCUAUUGAUAACAUACCACCAUAUUUCAGUUUUUAUAAAUGGAUGGUAAAAGUUAAGUAUUUUAAAAAGGGUGUAAUUGUUUUGUAAACUUAAAUAAUGUUAAAUUCAAAUUUUGGCCCAUGUCAGUUUCCUAAAAAUAACCUAUUUUCUAUGUUGGGAAGUUUGUAAAGAGCAGUGAAUAAAAAAAUAACAGUGUGGACCAAGGGGCAAUUCAAUGCAGUGUGUGCAGAGUAAUUCUGAAUUUAUAUAUAUUUUUAAAAAAUUCACACAAACAGUGUGGUCACUUGGACCUUAAAUGUUUUACUAAAGUUAGGGCGAUGAAACUGAUUCAAAAAUACACUGAGACACAUUUGGGCACAAUCGGGAAGCAAGAAUAAUUCAGUUUUGAGAAAAUUGUAAACUGUAUUUUCCCCAUUUAUUUGAUCAACACAAAUAAAUCGAUUAAAAGACA